CUUUGCUUUAAAGCUCUCUCAAUCAUGAACAUGAAGAUCCCCAUCACAACAUUCCAUUCCUCCUUAUGAAUGAUUCUUCAUCAGUAAGGCGAAUGGUUUCGUCAAGGGCAAUGAAAUGCUUCUACUUCAGCAAAGAAAAAUCACAAGAUGAAGCUAAGACGAGAAAGUUUGAUUCAGUGCAAUCUUCGUCCACUUCUAUGGCUAGAGGAGGAUCAGGGUCUGAGUUUAACUCCGAGACAAGUACUACAACUUCCAUUACUUCUUCCUUGCACGUCCUCUCUGAUACACACAGUAACAAUCUAAAAGUCUUUGCCCUCGAUGACCUCAAAACCGCUACCAAGAAUUUCAGCCGGUCCUUGAUGAUCGGUGAAGGUGGAUUCGGUGGUGUGUUCCGUGGCGUGAUUCAGAACCCUGAAGAUUCUCGUAAAAAGAUUGAAAUCGCAGUUAAACAACUCAGUAGAAGAGGUCUACAGGGGCAUAAAGAAUGGGUGACAGAGGUAAAUGUGUUGGGAGUUGUGGAGCAUCCGAAUCUAGUGAAGCUGAUCGGUUAUUGCGCAGAGGACGACGAGAGAGGAAUCCAACGGCUGCUUGUUUACGAAUACGUACCAAACAGAAGCGUUCAAGACCAUUUAUCAAACCGUUUUAUAGUCACUCCUCUCCCUUGGUCCACAAGAAUGAAGAUUGCUCAAGACACUGCUCGAGGACUCGCUUAUCUUCACCAAGGAAUGGAGUUUCAGAUCAUCUUUAGAGAUUUCAAAUCUUCCAACAUCCUUCUAGAUGAGAAUUGGAAUGCAAAGCUCUCUGAUUUCGGACUGGCUCGAAUGGGCCCUUCCGAUGGAAUCACUCAUGUCUCCACCACGGUUGUUGGAACCAUUGGUUAUGCAGCGCCUGAAUACAUCCAAACCGGACACCUCACGGCCAAGAGUGACGUGUGGAGCUACGGAAUCUUUCUGUAUGAGCUCAUCACAGGGAGAAGGCCGUUCGACAGAAACCGGCCAAGAAACGAGCAGAACAUCUUGGAAUGGAUCAGACCGCACUUGUCUGAUAUAAAGAAGUUCAAGAUGAUCAUCGACCCAAGGCUUGAAGGAAACUACUAUCUCAAAUCGGUGUUGAAGCUAGCGGCAGUUGCAAACCGGUGCUUGAUGGUGAAGGCAAAGUCGAGGCCAACGAUGAGUCAAGUUUCAGAGAUGUUAGACAGGAUAGUGGAGACUUCAGACGAGGUUUCUCCUGCGUUGCCAUUGAUGAAGAGCUUGACGCCUAAAGAUGCGUUUGAGGCGUCAAGGAGAGAGAGAGUUAAGAGAAGAUUUGUUGAGCUUUUAAUUGGGGUUAAUGGUUGUCCUAAUUUGCCUACUUGGUCUCCUAAACUUGUCACUUCUAUUUGA